CACCACAACUCCCUCCCUCCCCUCUUCUUCACCACCAAUCUCUCCGAUUCUCUUCACGACCCAUUCUUAUAAUAUCUUCCGCUUCAGCCAUCAAGGUCUCAACUUUGGUGCCUUCCAGAAGAGAAAGCUUGCACGUCAUGGCAUCCACGUUCAUGGCAGCCUCAGCAAGCUCUAGCACUGUUCUUAAACCUUCCCCUUUUCUGGGUCAAACCAGAUCAUCCAUCUCCAACUCUCUCAGAGAUGUUGUCCCUCUCGGAAAUGGCAAAUACACCAUGCAGGGAAAUGAGUUGUGGUAUGGACCGGACCGAGUGAAAUACUUGGGUCCCUUUUCAGCUCAAACCCCUUCAUACUUGACUGGGGAAUUCCCUGGAGAUUAUGGAUGGGACACCGCAGGCUUAUCUGCUGAUCCUGAAGCAUUUGCUAGGAACAGAGCUCUUGAGGUGAUUCAUGGGCGAUGGGCGAUGCUUGGAGCACUAGGGUGCAUCACACCAGAAGUUCUAGAGAAAUGGCUGCGAGUGGACUUCAAGGAGCCAGUGUGGUUCAAAGCAGGAGCUCAGAUUUUCUCAGAAGGAGGCCUUGACUACUUAGGCAACCCCAACCUGGUUCACGCCCAGAGCAUCCUGGCCGUCCUUGGCUUCCAAGUGGUCCUCAUGGGCCUGGUCGAAGGCUUCCGUAUCAACGGCCUUCCGGGCGUCGGAGAAGGCAACGACCUCUACCCCGGAGGCCAGUACUUCGACCCUCUCGGCCUCGCCGACGACCCCGUCACUUUCGCUGAGCUCAAGGUCAAGGAAAUCAAGAAUGGAAGGUUGGCCAUGUUCUCCAUGUUUGGCUUCUUUGUUCAAGCCAUUGUUACUGGAAAAGGACCGUUGGAGAAUCUGUUGGAUCACCUUGAUAACCCUGUGGCUAAUAAUGCUUGGGUCUAUGCCACCAAGUUCGUGCCUGGCUCUUAAAAUUGGUAUACCCGUGUUUUUUUGUGUGUGUGGGUGGGGUUAUGAAUGGAAGGACGCUAGUAUUGUUGUAA